AUGUGGACCAAUACUGUAGGAGCAAUCGCGGGAAUCAGUGAAGUUAGCAACCCCACCCACUCCUGUAGAGGAAGCGAUCAACACGCUAACAUAGACUUUUUUGAUACAUCAUAUAGAUCCUUACCAUGUAACUCCCUGCUCGCAAUUGAGCCCAUAGUGCUCCCUCUCUUCUUCUUAGAGUAUCCUCUUGAUGUAGUCAAGACUCGCGUCCAACUUCAAGAUAAUACUGCAAAGGGUGCUGAUAGGUAUAAUGGCAUGGUUGAUUGUUUCCGUAAAAUCAUCAAGAACGAAGGGUUCUCGAGAUUGUACCGUGGAAUUGCCGCACCCAUCCUUAUGGAAGCUCCGAAGAGGGCGACCAAGUUUGCUGCGAAUGACGAGUGGGGCAAAAUCUACCGCAAAAUGUUUGGCGUAUCGGAAAUGAACCAGUCUAUAUCGGUCCUUACUGGUGCCUCUGCCGGUGCCACGGAAUCCUUUGUCGUUGUUCCCUUUGAGCUAGUCAAGAUCCGUCUCCAGGAUAAGAAAUCCUCGUGCAACGGACCCAUUGAUGUAGUGAAGAAAGUGGUCGCGUUAGAUGGAUUAUUGGGUCUAUACACCGGACUAGAGAGUACCAUGUGGAGGCACGUCUUGUGGAACGCGGGAUACUUUGGAGUCAUCUUUCAAGCGAAGAAACUUCUUCCAAAGUCGGAAACCAAGCAAGGGCAGAUGACUAAUGAUCUCGUUGCUGGAUCUAUCGGUGGGACAUUUGGAACCAUCCUAAAUACUCCUGCCGACGUAGUCAAAUCCCGCAUCCAAAACACUGUCAGGGUUAAAGGUAUCGUUCCAAAAUACAACUGGACUCUUCCGUCGAUCGCUUUGGUCGCCAAAGAGGAGGGCUUGGCAGCGCUUUAUAAGGGAUUCGUGCCCAAGGUUCUUCGUUUGGGCCCAGGGGGAGGUAUCCUUCUCGUUGUCUUCACUUCGGUAAUUGAUUUCUACAAGAAGCUGAAGGUAAGUGGCGAGGCUUGA